ACAAAUGAGUGCAAGGAAAAAGCUAAGCACGUUGUUUCUAAGAUUUAUUGGAAAAUAAAACUGUCGGAAGUAAUAUUUUAUUUAAGAUAAAAUGAAAGUACCCCGCCAGAAAAAUCAAAACAAUCCCGCUCAAAAAAACGUUAAAUCAGAACAAGAAAAUAAAAAUGAAUCACAAAAGAAAGAAGUGAAACGCUAUUUUGAAUUGGAUAAAGCAGACAGUAAAACUGACACAAAAACAGAUGAAGUUAAAGUUUAUAAUGUGAAGGUGACUCCAAGGAUUCUCUGGAAUCAAAAACAGAAGGAUCAAAAAAGAAAAUUCUUAAAAAAUGAAUAUGGAAACACAUUCAGUCAAAGGAAACAGAAGAAAAAGUAUCCAGGGAAAGCUCCUAUUGACCCCAAACGAUUGGAGAAGCAUUCCAGAGGUGAAGGCUUACAAGGAAUUGGUGUUAGAAACCCAAUACAUAAAUUAAAAUUACAAAAAAAAGAAAAAUUAUACCAGAAGGCAUUAGAACAAGCUGCUCGCUCUGAGAUAUUAUUAACUGAAGACCAAGGUUAUGUCGAAUUAGAAGACGAAGAUUCAAAUACUCGAGCUAUAAACCAACAGAUUAUUGCUCGGAAUAUUGAUAUAGCAGCUGCGACAAAAAUAUUUGAAUUAAAUUUAGAUUUUGGUCCAUACAGAGCUAAAUAUUCAAGGAACGGUAGAUAUUUACUAUUAGGCAGCAAAAAAGGGCACCUGGCCUCAUUCGACUGGGUAACGAAAAAGUUAAACUUCGAAAUUAAUGUGAUGGAGUCAAUACAUGACAUCAGUUGGCUACAUAUAGAAACAAUGGUUGCUGCCGCACAGAAGGAUUGGUUGUACAUUUACGAUAACACAGGUACUGAACUACACUGUGUGAAAACGAUCAGCAAAGUACUCAAAAUGGAAUUCUUGCCCUACCACUUUCUGUUGGCAUCUGUGAACGAAUACGGUUUCCUAUCAUGGUUGGAUAUAUCAAUAGGAGAGAUAGCGGGAGAAUGUAACAGCCGGGCAGGAAGACCAAAAGCCAUGACACAUAACCCAUACAACGCCACGCUCUGUCUCGGCGAUUCUAAGGGAGUGGUCUCAUUGUGGGCUCCGACCGUGAAGGAACCCUUAGCAAAGAUCCUGUGCCAUAAAACACCCGUGUCUGCUAUUUCCGUGGACAAUAGGGGAUUGUACAUGGCGACCUCUGGUGUUGACAGAAGUAUAAAAAUUUGGGAUAUAAGGAACUUGGAUGGUCCAUUGCAGCACUAUAAAGUGUGGUCACCACCAGUUGACUUAGACUUCUCGCAGAAAGAUAUGCUUGCUGUGGGGUUCAACGAAACCGUCGAGAUAUACAGUAAUUGUUGCACACAAACUGUAUCAAAACCGUAUUUACGACACAAGAUGGCGAAGACUGUGAAUAAUUUCAAGUUCUGUCCUUUUGAAGAUGUCCUCGGUAUAGGCACUGAUCGUGGUUUCACAAGCAUUAUCGUUCCAGGCAGUGGUGAACCAAACUUCGAUGCUUUGGAAAGCAAUCCGUUCCAAACGAAAAAACAGAGGAAAGAAGCCGAGGUCAAGGCGCUGCUCGAGAAGAUUCCAGCAGAACUUAUCACUCUUAAUCCGUUCGAGGUCACGGAAGUGGAUGUACCUACGAUGAAGGAUAUUAUAGACAGCAAAAAGAAAUUACUGCACGUUAAGCCCAAGAAAGUGGAUAUGACACCGCGUCGCAAAAACAAAGGCCAAACUCAUAUUGCAAGAAAGAAAAUUAUAAAGGAUGCCGCCAGGAGGGACCACAUUGAAAAACUGAAAGCAGCCAGCGCGCUUUAUGAAAAAGAUGAACAAAAGGAAAAACCAGUUAGAAAACAAUCGUUCGGUGUUUUAGAUAGAUUUGUCUCUAAUCCUACUAAAAGUAAAAAAUAAACAAUUAAUUGUAUAACGUCAAUUUUAUU